UGCUGUUUGACGAAGCAGACUGAACUCAGGGGUGAGAGACAAACUUAAGUAUCGAUCCCAUCACGUCAGUGUAGAUCAGUCUGUAUCGAUGCUUGUAUCGAUCCGUCCAGCCUGAGUUGAAGCAGCAAUGAGUUCAGUUCAGUUUCUGAGAGAGUUCAUCAAGGAGAGACUAACUGCUGUUUGUGAAGAAAUCUUCUCUGAGGUUCAAAGAACCAUCGUCCAGUAUGAGGAGGAGAUCAACCGUCAGCACAGACUGCUGGAUAUCAGCCGGAAACCCGACAGGAACUCACACAUCAUAGACCUCCCAUAAAAUCAUGACUGUAAUGAAGAGGAGGGUCUGGAUGAGCAGCAGGUCUGUAACCAGGAGAGGAACUCCAGUCCGGACCAGGAGAACCCAGAGCCUCCACAAAUUAAAGAGGAACAGGAGGAACUCUGCAGCAGUAAGGAGGUAGAGCAGCUUGGACUGAAGCAGGAGGCUGAAGGCAUUAUCGUCUGGACUGAUGAAGAGCAGCUCAGACUGCUGGAGACCAUCUGCAAACCUGUGAUAAAGUUACACAGAAUAGCAUGUAAACCCAGGGCCACACUGACUCCAGGAUCAACAAUCAUACCAGUAGGGGGCAGUGUGACACUGACCUGCUCUGUGGGGAGCUCUGCUGGCUGGAAAUAUGAGUGGUUCAGAGGUGACCAAAACACUGAAGUUCAAAUGAGAACAGAUGAUCAACAAAACAGAGUAAUCAGAGUAUCUGAAGGAGGAAUCUACCGCUGCAGAGGAAGAAGAGGAAACCCAGUUUACUACACUGAUAAAAGUGAUGAUGUCACCAUUGAGAUAACCUUUUCCAAUAAGGUUGUUGUAAAAGGACGACCCAGCUGGCCUCAGAUAUUCAGCGGUGAGAUGAUCAGUCUGAAAUGUGAGGUGCAGGAAGGAGGUGAAACCACUGAGUGGGAGUAUAGAUGGAGAGGACCCAACCAAACCACACAGUGGACUCACAAUAAUUACUGGAUAUUCAAUGUUUCUGAGUCCAGCAGUGGAGACUACAUGUGUAAGAGUCGACGCAGAGAUGACUCAUAUUCUUCAACAGAGUGGAGUGAAGCCUUCAACUUGUCAGCAUCAACUGUGCCCAGUCCUGAAAGCUCUUCAUUUCUUAUUUUGAUGAUCAUUGGAAUAAUUUCUGGAGUCAUAUUUAUAUUCUUGCUGCUCUUGUUCUGUCACUACAGAAAAUCCAGAGGUUCUACUGAUGACCAGAGGGUCAGUCAGGUAGAAGAUCAACAGGAAGUAUACUCCUCUCUUCUUCAUGGUGACCGUUGUGUCUAUGAGUCCAUCAGAUGGUCUAAAAACACUGAAAAUGGUCACCAGAAGGUGAUUACACCAAUGCCUGUGAUUCAGCUCUUAUGA